UUAAAUUAUCAAUAAUUAUUAUUAAAAUGAUUUCUCUGUUCGAUGUUUCAGGUGGACACAGAGGAUUCAGCCGUGUUAUUUGGACGGUGAAGAAGAUAGUAAGGGGAGAGUUCCCUUCCAUCACCUUGUACUACCGGAACGACGACGACAAUGGCAAUGGUAAUGAAUUUGAGGUUGCAGGGUUUCCCCGCGAUCUGGACGUUUACGUGACGUACAACAUCUCCGACGACUACCAACUGAGCGUGUCGAUGAGGGGAAAGUCGCUGACGGAGGCGACGCCGGUGAACUUGGCGCAGCACACGUACUGGAACCUGCGGGGCCACGACGGAGGCAGCAUCCUGUCACACAGAGUCCGAAUCUUCGCCUCCCGGAUAACCCCCGUCGACGCGGACCUCAUCCCCACGGGUGAGCUCGCGCUUGUCCAAGGCACGCCGUUCGACUUCCUCCGGCUAGAGACGGUGGGGUCGCGGAUCGACCGCAUCCCCGGCGGGUACGACAUCAACUACGUGGUGGAUUCGUGGGAGGGGAAGAUGUGGCUGAGCAGGGUGGCGACGGUGACCGCAGAGGAGACGGGGAGGAGGAUGGAGUUGUGGGCGGAUCAGCCGGGGGUGCAGUUCUACACGGGGAACUUCUUGAGAGGGGUGAAGGGGAAGGGAGGGGCGGUUUACGAGCAGCACGCGGGGCUGUGCCUGGAGACGCAGGGGUUCCCCGACGCCGUCAACCACCCGAAGUUCCCGUCGCAGAUCGUGGCGGCGGGGGACACCAGAGAGGGCGGCAGGAGGUCAGCCUCGGGCGAGAAAUCCGCGCGAUCGUCGAGUGUGAAGAAGGGCGGAGUAGUCGGAGGGCAAUUUUGGAAGAAAAAGAUUGAUAACCCCGGAAUCGUGAAAAACCUAAGCUUUCCAAGGUUUUCUGAUUCCGAGUUAUAUUCCCUGAUUGCUGACGUGGCGGUAAUGUUGUAUUACCGGGAAUCACUGAUUACUUAA